AUGAAUGUUGAAGAUAAAACACAAGAAAGAAGCAAGGCUAAAAUGGCGGUCACUGUCGCUGCGAGGCGUCUGAUCGGAGCCUACAACAGAGAUUGUGAAUAUGAUAUUUUAAAGGAUUCAAUGUUCGAACUUGAAAAAGUAUUUGAUGAUUUUUGCGUGAUAAAUGAGGAAUACCAACUUAUUGUAUCUGACGAAAAAUACGCUGAACACCGUGUAGUUAAUGGUGAAGACAUUAGGACUUACAGAGACAAUGUAAAAAGGUGCUAUCAAGAAGCUAGGAGUGUAUUUGUUAGUGUAAAUGCAACAAUCUAACAAAAAGCUAGACGACAAAGUGCUGGGCUUUUCAAAGUUGCCCUAAAGAAUGACAUUUGUAGAAUUCGUGAACUGAUCACUGUCGUUGAUGAGAGUUUUAAACUGGAUAAUGUGAAUAUGGCAGCUUUACAACUAGAUAAGAGUGAUCUACAGUCAAUUUUGAACAUAAUAUGUGAUAAUAUGGCAAAACUUGGCUCGAUUGAAACACAAGAGCAAGUUAACCUAAUCCAAGAAGAAGUCUAUGCUAUUAUCAGAGCAGUUUACAAUUGCAUCAGAAAGAUAAACUUGUUUUUGCAUGAGCAACAAGCAUUUGUUAAAUCAUUACAUAUUGAAAAUGUCACUCUCCCCCCUGAAACCAACACCCCCCUGAGAACACCGAGACUAUCAACACCAUGA